GUUCAUAUCGAUAUAUCAAAUGAAUAAGCAAAAGUAGUACACAUCUCCCAGUUAUAAGGUGUGGGUUGCCCAGUUAUAAGAUUGUUUAGGUCAACGGUAAAUUACCGACGAUGUCUCUUUCUGUUUGUCAACCAAGAAAAAGAGUGGCUGUCAUUGGAGCUGGAGCUGCAGGUCUUGCUGCCCUGCGCCACACAAGUUGCCGACCGGAAGUGUUCGAGGUCAUGUGCUUUGAGCAGUCUGCGGUCAUUGGAGGAACAUGGGUGUACAACGAUGACGUAGGGACGGAUCAGUAUGGACUUCCGGUUCAUUCCAGCAUGUAUAAAAACCUCAGAACCAAUUUGCCGAAAGAAGCCAUGAAGUACUGGAUUAUUUGGAGAGAUAUGCCGACCAUUUUAAUCUCAAGAAAUACAUUAAGCCACUACUCUGUUCCGCUCAUCCCAGAUUUCAACGGAUCGCUCACAAAAUUUGAAGGUCAGGUGAUCCACAGUCACGACUACCGUGUUCCGGAGGCGUUCGCCAAUAAAGUCGUCUGCUGCGUCGGGUGCGGUGCCUCGGGUCAGGAUAUAGCCCUGGAGGUGGCGAGCAAGGCAAAGCAGGUGUAUCUGAGCCACAACAAACCCGCCUUGUCGACAAGUCUCCCGGACAAUCUCAGCCAGACAUCGGGCAUAGUCGAGCUCACCGUCGACGGCGGUAUGAUGAAGAAUGGACAAAAACUGGAAUUCGAUGUUCUCCUACUGUGCACGGGGUAUCACUACAGCUUUCCCUUCCUAUCAGCCAACUGUCACGUUAAUAUCGACGAUGGCCGCGUGACACCGCUUUACAAGCAUAUUGUUCACACUGAGUUCCCUACUCUGUUCUUUAUCGGGAUCUGCACCAAACUCUGUCCCUUUCCACAGUUCCACAACACCGUCAAGUUCAUCUUGGCAACACUGGACGGCACUUUUCAGCUUCCAUCCAAGGAGGACAUGAUGGCUGAAGAACAACGAGAAUUUGAGUGGCGACUGAAAAAGGGAUAUGCCCACCGUCACGCUCACCUAAUGGGCCCGUUACAAUGGGACUAUUUUAAUGAGCUGGCCGACCUCGGGAAAUAUGAGCGCCUUCCCAAAGCUGUGCAAAAUCUGUUUGACGAGAUUCAUCGCACCCGUUGCAAUGAUUUGCAAAACUACAGGAACAUCAAUUAUCAGAUCACCGGACCCGAUACUUUUGAAUUGCGUUAUUAG